GCCUGCUUUUUCGCUCGCUUUCCCCGCCCCCGCCGGUCUUGUCGCCGUUGAAGGGAGCCGGCUGCGCGCUGUCGCAACCAGCCCUCAUCCUGGCCGGCGACCGUAAGACCGAACCCACAUCCCUACCAACCUCCCUGUUGAGGCGGCUCGGGCUCCGCGGGGCGCAGGCAAGCGGCCCAGGCGCCUGAAGGUUACCGAGUGCAUGAGCGCUUAGCCUCCCGCGCUGCCCCGCCCGCCGGCCCGCCGGCCCGCCCGCCGGCUCGCCCGCCAGCCCCUCGGCGCCCGGCGGCGACGGCGGCGGCGGCGGAGACGGCCGCAGGAGGCGCAGUCUCCCGCCCGGGUGCGCGCUUCGCUCCCGGAGCCGCGGAACUCGGCAGCCGCCAUGGCGUCCAACAUGGACCGAGAGAUGAUCCUGGCAGAUUUUCAGGCUUGUACUGGCAUUGAAAACAUUGAUGAAGCUAUUACGUUGCUAGAACAAAAUAAUUGGGACUUAGUGGCAGCUAUCAAUGGUGUAAUACCCCAGGAAAAUGGCAUUCUGAGAAGUGACUAUGGGGGUGAGCCUAUAUCAGGACCUGCAUUUGAUCCAGCAAGUCACCCAGCUCCAGCUCCUGCUCCUGCUCCCUCUUCUUCUUCAGCAUUUCGACCUGUAAUGCCAUCUAGGCAAAUUGUAGAAAGGCAACCUCGGAUGCUGGACUUCAGGGUUGAGUACAGAGACAGAAAUGUUGAUGUGGUACUUGAAGACAGCUGUACCGUUGGAGAAAUUAAACAGAUUCUAGAAAAUGAACUUCAGAUACCUGUGUCUAAAAUGCUGUUAAAAGGCUGGAAGACUGGAGAUGUGGAAGACAGUGUGAUGGCUGUAUCAAUUUACAUUCCCACCAACAACAGCAUAUAUACACCACACUGGCCUCCCUGCUCUUCUUCUAACCCUUUCAGUGCCCUGCAGGAGUCAUUAAAUCAAAACUUCAUGCUGAUCAUCACCCACCGAGAAGUCCAGCGGGAGUACAACCUGAACUUCUCAGGAAGCAGUACCAUUCAAGAGGUAAAGAGAAAUGUGUAUGACCUUACGAGUAUCCCUGUUCGCCAUCAGUUAUGGGAGGGCUGGCCAACUUCUGCCACAGAUGACUCCAUGUGUCUUGCUGAAUCAGGGCUUUCAUAUCCGUGCCAUCGACUUACAGUGGGAAGAAGAUCUUCACCUGCACAGACCCGGGAGCAAUCCGAAGAGCAAAGCACCGAUGUUCAUAUGGUUAGUGAUAGUGAUGGAGAUGACUUUGAAGAUGCUUCCGAAUUUGGGGUGGAUGAUGGAGAAGUAUUCGGCAUGGCUUCAUCUGCCUUGAGGAAAUCUCCAAUGAUGCCAGAAAACGCAGAAAAUGAAGGAGAUGCCUUAUUACAAUUUACAGCAGAGUUUUCUUCAAGAUAUGGUGACUGCCAUCCUGUAUUUUUUAUUGGCUCAUUAGAAGCAACUUUUCAAGAGGCCUUCUAUGUGAAAGCCCGAGAUAGAAAGCUUCUUGCUGUCUACCUCCACCACGAUGAAAGUGUAUUAACCAACGUGUUCUGCUCACAAAUGCUUUGUGCUGAAUCUAUCGUCUCUUACCUGAGUCAAAAUUUUAUAACCUGGGCUUGGGACCUGACAAAGGACGCCAACAGAGCAAGAUUUCUGACAAUGUGCAAUAGACACUUUGGCAGCGUUGUUGCACAAACCAUUCGGACUCAAAAAACAGAUCAGUUUCCACUUUUUCUGAUUAUUAUGGGAAAGCGAUCAUCUAAUGAAGUGUUAAAUGUGAUACAAGGUAACACAACAGUGGAUGAGUUAAUGAUGAGACUCAUGGCUGCAAUGGAGAUCUUCACGGCCCAGCAACAGGAAGAUAUAAAGGAUGAGGACGAACGAGAAGCCAGAGAAAAUGUGAAGAGAGAACAAGACGAGGCCUAUCGCCUUUCACUUGAGGCUGACAGAGCAAAGAGGGAAGCUCAUGAGAGAGAGAUGGCAGAACAGUUUCGUUUGGAACAGAUUCGCAAAGAACAAGAAGAGGAACGUGAGGCCAUCAGACUCUCCUUAGAGCAGGCCCUGCCUCCAGAGCCAAAGGAAGAAAAUGCUGAGCCUGUGAGCAAACUGCGGAUCCGGACACCCAGUGGCGAGUUCCUCGAGCGGCGUUUCCUGGCCAGCAAUAAGCUCCAGAUCGUCUUUGAUUUUGUAGCUUCCAAAGGAUUUCCAUGGGAUGAAUUCAAGUUACUGAGUACCUUUCCUAGGAGAGAUGUAACCCAGCUGGACCCAAAUAAAUCAUUAUUGGAGGUAAAGUUGUUCCCUCAAGAAACCCUUUUCCUUGAAGCAAAAGAGUAAACAUGGCCCAGCAGUGGAACCAGCCGUUCCUUGACAAGCCAGAGGCCUGCAUCAGGAGAAGGGCACCUCGCCAAGCCACCUACACGCUCGUCUCACUCAAUUCAGUGUCACACUUCUGCCUCUUGCAAGAUUGCUGGAAAAAAGUAAUAAUAAACAUAGCUACUUAACAUUUCCCAUCCACGAGUAUAUGUUCCCAACCCUCAUUGUAGAGAACUAUAGCUCUGCCUCUCUUACCCCCUUCACCUCGCCCUCGUUCAGUGACUAAUGCGCUGCUGAAGUGUGAGUGAUCAUGAAGUAGGAUUUUUACCUCUCCAGUGCCCAUCUUCCCCACAGUGUCUGGGACAGUUCUGUCUGACCUGUGACACCAAGCUGCUCUGUAUUUGAUGUGUCUCAUUGAGCCAGGGCUCAUACACCUCUGCCUUUUUCUUUUCAUGACUGAAUUUCUACUUUGUCACCUAAUUUUAAGAAGCAGGGGGAAAAGGUCAAAUGGGACUUCUUGGCAUGGAGAUUAAACAUUGUUGUAGGAAAAAAAGAUAUCAUUUUUGUUGAUACUUCCUGACUUCUUUACUAAGACGUAAGGUUGUGUUUGAGGACUGCAUUUGACAUAUAUGCAAGAUAUUCAUUUACUGCUCCUGCCUUGGGUCCCCAGGUUCCCUCCAGGAGGUAUAUGCUGUUCCAUUACAGUGUAAGAAACUAUUUAAGCUUGCAAUGUGAAUGUUGAGAUAGUGUGAAGAGGACCAGUACCAGGACUUCAGUAUCUGGCCCAGCUGCAGGAAGCUGCUGUUAGGUUUGCAUCUGGGCAGUUAGAACCUCAUGGAUACCAGCUCCCAGGUUGCUCGUCCAUCAGUGUACACUGAACACAGCUCUCUCCUGCUUUCUGCUCCCAUCACGCAUUUGGACCUUGUCACUGGGUGCUUUAAGCACCUUGACUGUCACCAAAAUCUGAUCAGCCACCCCAUGGACUCAGCCCAGCUGUCAUAAGGAACUGGUUCCACUAUUUCAUCCUUUUAAUGUUUCAGUAUUAGAUGGUAGACUCCCAUCUCAAAUGAAAGGGAUCUCAUUCUAUGGCUGAAAAUUCUGACUUCAUAUAUUUAAGAGAGCAAACUUAGGGGCUUAGCUCAGAAGACACGUGUUGCCUGAACUUGCAUAUAAUAAUUUGGGAUGAUUUAGUAAAUGUGGAUUCUUGUUAAUCUAUGGAUUUGGGCUUCAGAGUUUAGUUCAUGGAAGCACUGUUUAUACCUUCACCGCCAAUGAGUUCUUUUCAGUCUUGAAAUGUUUCUCCGUAUCUGUUUUUGCGUCCCCUGUGGUCUCUAUCCUAGGGUUUGGGAUCCUGAUUUAACAUUUUGUACUUGUCCAAAAGAGUCUGAGUGCUGGGCUUUUUCCCCCUGGCCCAAGCCAAGGGGUUCUCAGAAGACUCUAACCAUGGCCUGAGAUAUGCCUGGUCAUUUUCCAUCUGCCCAGAAGUAGGCAUUGACCAGGAAAAUUCCACCUUGUGUCUUUUCUCUGACACUACAACCAGGGACCUCCCCUGAACACUCUCUUCAAAGAAUGUGUUUCUAACAGACUAGUGCUACAUCUGCCUGGGUGCAGACCUUCUCUGGCCCCAGGGGUCUCUCCAGGGAGGCUGAAAGGAAAAGAGACCCAAAGUGGGGGAGUUCAACCUGAGCACUUCCAGUCCAGCUCCACUCCCACCUUCCUAAACUAAUGGCCCCACGAGACAGUCAUUUCCAAUGCUACAGAUGCACUAGGGCACCAGCUUUUCUUUUUCCAGGGAGACCGUGUUCUGUAGCUGCCGUAGAGAAGCCACAACCCCGAACUCAGGCCAUACUCAGGAACAGCAGCAAUGUGUGGGUGGGGAUUGGAGAGACACGACUCUGAAUUCACUUUCAUGUUUAACCUGUUCCAUCUAAUUUGGGUUUGGUGUCAUCAUAUUGUUUCCCCCAUCAUCUUCGCUUCUGCAUUCCAAUAAUACAGACUUUACUCUGAAACCAAUUUCAUAAAAGUUAUUAAACGCUACUUGAAUGUG